AUGGAUCGAAUUGAAGAUGGGUCGGAUACCUCAUCUAUCAAGCCUCUGUCGUCGCUGCGAUCCAAGUUCGAGAGUUUGAGCAAGCAGCAGGACUUGUUGCCGUCUUCGCCUCGGGCACUUCGUCAGGCUUCUCCUAACAGAGAUGUACCUCCCCAGUCCCCUCUGGUCGGUGGGUCACAAGAGCCCAGAUCAGAAUCCUUUAUUAGCAGAGAAGAUAGUGCUCCGGACUUCCGUCUACAUAGAGAACGCCCCAACCCGUCUCGUACCAGACCUGUGUCGAUGAUAUCCAUAGCAUCGCUGUCACAGACUCCGCCUACGCUUGUAAUAGACUCUCCUCGCUCGCCACACAAGAAUUUUUCUGUGGACUUGCGUCCAAGUGUUGGCAGAUCCUACAAACGGCCCGUAACACCCGAACCUGGGACUGAGUCGCCCGUGAACGGCCAUGGAACGAAGUUAAGCAGGGGUGCGACGUCUAGCAUUGAAGGUCGUAUCAAUGCUUUCGUUGAGGCUUCCGAACGAAGUGCGUCUCCUUCUGCAAGCAAGGAUCCGACUCAGCUGUCGAAGAGCGAGGCGGGUAUUAAGCCAAUCCCACCACCAAUCAAUCGAGCAGCCAAACCAAAUAUACCUGCCAAAACAUUUCUGAAGACUUCUCUACCCAGAGCAUUGUCGCCACCAAAAACUCAAGCUGAUGUAAGCGAUCGUCCGAAUUCGCCGUUUGGUACGCCACCGAGCAGUCCGGAGUUUCCGCCGAAUCAUGCGACCAGCAAGCGGAUCGAGGAAAAGCCUCGAUCAAGCCUCAAACAAGGAGAUAACGUGGCACUGCGCUCUAGUGCAGACUUGCAAUCCUCUCAAUUGCAAAGAGUGCGUGGUGAUUCUGUAGCGUCGCUCGUAGAACGUGCCCGCACAGACUCAAAUGCCUCAUUCGUCGAAGAAUCAGAUUACCCUGAGUCAUGGCUCGCACACCCUUCGAGUCAUCAUGUUGCCCCCCUUCGUGAGCACAAUCCAUCGUUGCCCUCCAGGUAUCGUCAAGGCACUGCUCCCACCCUUCAACAAGACCACACAGGAGACCAUUCUCCGCCCAGACUUCCGGUAAGACCUGAGCUCCAAAUGCGAUCAGGCAGAGUAAGUCCGCCUAAACCGCGCUCAGGGCGAGUAAGUCCCUUGAAGACCCAGCUCCUGUAUGCAGACAUUGCAGCCGAGACCAACACUGCUGUACCAUCAUCGAUUUCUCCGAUCUCUCGCAGACUUCCUGUAAUAUCGUAUCAAGAAGCGGGAAAAGAGUACGGUAACAUGGGCGCCCCGCCUGUGCCGGCUCCUCGAAGAUCAACUGAAAGGCGGCGCGAACCUCCACCGCCACCGCCUGCACAGGUUACUAACUAUACUCGAGAGGUUGAAGUCAGCGCGGAACGGAACGGAGACCCUACGUCGACGAACGUUCAACAGAGCGACCCCCUGUUUAGUGAUCAAAGUGCUGCUAUCAGCGAUUUUCCCGAGACAGAAAAGUCCAAUCGCCGACCUCCAAGAUUCAAGCAACGCCCAUACCACAUUCCUACCGAAUAUGACACAAGGCUGCUUGCCAUUUGUGGCGAGUACGUCUGUACUACUGGUUAUAUAACCAAAGCAUGGAAUAUGCGCACAGGCGAGCUUCUCAUGAGCAUGGAGCAUCGGGAGACCUCUAAAAUGGCUUCUAUCAUUUUCAAGCCAUCGCCGAGCAUAGAUGACGAAGGAAAGCGUAUUUGGCUAGGAUCAUCAACUGGGGACAUUCACGAGGUGGACAUACAAUCUCGAAGAAUUGUCAAGACCAAAUCGCAUGCCCAUCCGAGGCGUGAAAUCAUCCGGAUGUUCCGCUUCGCGGCCGAGCUGUGGACAUUGGAUGACUCUGGUGAUCUUAAUGUUUGGAAACCAGACCAUAAAGGCAUCCCCAGCUUGGAUUCACAGUUUCUCAGCUGGCGUAUACCGCGGGGCCACGGCUUUGCGAUUGCGUGCGGGCCACAGCUUUGGAUUGCACAUGGGAAAGAGCUCCGCGUGUUUUCUCCAGGCGCACAGCAAGAUUCCGCGUUCCACAUCACGCGUAAUCCGCUCGUGCAAUCCAGUGCCGGCGAUAUCACUUGCGGCGCUAUCAUCGACAGUCAACCCAACCUAGUGUAUUUCGGUCACACUGACGGGAAAGUCAGCAUAUACGACAGAAGUGACCUUUCUUGUACUGCUGUCGUGACUGCGAGUUUGUACAGAAUCAUUUCGCUUUGUGGUGCUGGCGACUAUUUGUGGGCGGGAUUCAGCACUGGCAUGGCCUACGUCUAUGACACGAAGACGUCUCCUUGGACAGUGAAGAAAGACUGGCAGGCACACGACAAGCAGAUCUGUAGCAUAGUGUCCGACCCUUCUGGUGUUUGGAAGAUGGGUCGUCUUGUCGUCAUGACUCUCGGUCUCGACAAUCUAUUGAAAAUAUGGGACGGAAUCCUCGAAGAGGACUGGCUCAUGUCGCGCCUAAGUUCACGCGACUCAGAAUAUUCCUCCUUCAGAGAGUUGACGGCGGCAGUCUUGACUUGGAAUGCGGGGGCAAGCAAACCGAAUCACCUUCAGCACAGCGAGCGAGACAACAAUUUCUACCGGGACUUUAUCAGAUCAUAUACUGCCCCGGAUCUCUUUAUCUUUGGUUUCCAAGAGGUUGUUGAUCUCGAAGACAAGAAGGUCAUCUCAAAGUCUCUCUUCCGAAGCAAGAAAAAGGAUCCCGGUGAGCAGGAGCAUACUUCCCAGGUAUAUCGGGCUUGGCGAGAUUAUCUCGUGAGGAACUUGGAAGAACACGUUCCAGGUCGACACGGAUACACAUUACUACACACUGCCAGUAUGGUUGGUCUCUUCACCUGUGUCUUCGUCAAGACGUCGGAGCGAGCCCGGAUCCGCCACAUCCACACUUCUGAGGUGAAACGUGGUAUGGGUGGCUCCCUCGGAAACAAGGGUGCCAUUCUCAUCCGGAUGGUCGUAGAUGAUAGCAGUAUCUGCCUUGUGAAUUGCCAUCUUGCUGCUGGACAAACACAAACGAUCAAUCGCAAUAACGAUGCUGCCGCCAUUCUCGAAGCAAAGGUCUUGCCAGCAUUUCCCAUCCAAGACAACGAGAAAGCAAAACACAGCGACGUCUUCACUAACGGAGGCGAUGGCAGUAUGAUCUUGGACCACGAAAUCUGCAUACUAAAUGGCGAUCUCAACUAUCGGAUAGAUACCAUGGGUCGCGACACUGUGAUCAAGCACGUUCAGCAGGGAAACUACGCACGCCUUCUGGAGCGCGACCAACUCCUGCUCAGUCGCAAGCGCAAUCCCGGGUUCCGACUCCGAGCCUUUCAGGAAUCCCCCAUCACCUUUGCUCCCACAUACAAGUACAACGUCAACACCGAUGACUACGACACUUCCGAGAAGCGACGCGCACCUGCAUGGUGCGAUCGGAUCAUGUAUCGCGGAAUUGGGAAGGUCAAAAUGGAGGACUAUCGCCGAUGGGACCAGAUUCGUGUAUCCGAUCAUCGUCCGGUCAGCGGAUAUCUCAGGCUUCGCGUCAAAACUGUCGAUAGUGGGCGGAGAGAGCGGAUUUGGAACCAAUGUUUGGACGAGUCGGAGGCAGUCAGGCAGCGGAUCGCAAGGGAUGUACAGCUGAGCUACUUGACCAAUAUCCUCGGAAUGUCACAGUCUGAAGCGAAAUCGGCUCUUCGGGGUUGA